AUGCGUGAAAGUGUUACCGAAGACCGGAGCUUGAGGGAAGCGUUUAUUUCAGAUGUGAAUAUUGCAACUCAGUGCGCUAUCGUUGAUGAUAAGCCUCUUGUGAUUUUGGUGGAGGAAUGUUGUCAGGCUACUAAAAAUCAUAGGCGCAGUGAGUCAAACUUCGCUAUACCGCAUCAGCACUACCGGCUCUUGGAGAAAGAAUUUGUUGGAUUAACCAUUCAAAAGCCAUCUUCUGACUUAGAUUUAUUAUCACAAAUAUUUCCUCAAGUUCAGCUUUUAGCCCCUCCUUCUCUUAUCGCCAUAUAUCGGGGACGUAUCAUUCAUUCCAUGAAAGGCGGUAUUAUUUCAUCUAGAAUAGGAGACUUUCUUACUGACGUACACGAGAAAACGAAGCAGGUACGUGUGCACGAGAAACAUGAUAAUUGUCAUCAAAGAGGGCCUAGGGAAGAUCGCUUCAAAAUUAAAGGAGGAGAUUCGAAUUCCGACUCCCAAGAAGGUUUCAGCUUGCAUCAAGAUACUCUGUGCUCGAAUUCCAAAAGUUGUAACAGACGUUUAGCAAGAAAGCAGUACAGUCAGGUAGAGGAGGAGGACAAAAGAAAACUGAAACUGACAAAAUUAGAUAGGACGCAGAAACACCUAGAAGUGGAGUUCGAGAGGGAGAGGUUUAUGAACUGCACUCAGCCAGAAGAAAGUCAAGAAUCAAAGCCUUCUACGGAUGAAUGCUUUAUCCAGGUGAAGUUAGUGGACGGGGUAACGAAGCGUAUGAAGUUUUCGAAGUUUGAUAAGUUGUCGACUGUACGUGAAUUCAUAUUAAAAAGUUACAAAGAAUACCAACAAAUCCCGUUUCAGUUCUUCAAAACUACUGAGAGGCUUACUUAUUCCCAAGACCACGAAGAGUUAAUGCUCGACCAGCUCCAAUUAGAUAGGUGCACCUUGAUAUUAAAACCAACUGAUCCAUUCGAGAGCAAUAAUGACGCCGAUCAUCAAGGAGCAACUUCUUCUUAUCAAUGGUUAAAAAACAAAAUAUUAUCUUUUUUUGGAUAUGGUGUCGGCCAGAUAUCGAGGAUUCCUGCAGAGCAUAUAAAUUCAAUAUCGUCUGUUACAAACAAUAGCUCUUCUCUCUCACCAAUACUGGACUCUGAAUCGGAUUCAGACACAAUUUACCACUCGCCAGAAAUACGCUCUCUACAAUCACGAUCUUCAUCACCUCUUGAACCGUUACUCAAUAUAUCAUCUUCGGAUUCCAACUUUGACCUGAAUGGAGUAAGCAGCAAAUUCCUUUCAAACUCUCAUUAUCGUUCAUCCUCAGCCCAGCGUUCAUCAAACACGAGAAAUGACUCUCUAGCAGCCAGCGCUUCUACCUCUUCAUCGAAAGGAAAAUUAGCCGAGCUACAAGGCAGCGAAGGAGACGAAAGCGGUCCCACUUAUGUGAAUGUCGAAGAUCGCAACGACGAUAAACUCUCGUAA